CUCUUCUCUUCUCUUCUCUUCUCUUCUUCCUUUACUAAUUACUGUAAUUACUUACUUACUAAUCCAGUAAAUUAAAUCAUCAGUAAAUAUCAUCACCAUGGGUAAAGAAAAGACUCACGUAAAUGUCGUUGUCAUUGGUCAUGUCGAUUCCGGUAAGUCUACCACUACCGGACACUUAAUUUUUAAGUGUGGAGGAAUCGAUAAGAGAACCAUUGAAAAGUUUGAAAAGGAAGCUGCCGAAUUAGGAAAGGGGUCCUUUAAAUACGCCUGGGUUUUAGAUAAAUUAAAGGCUGAAAGAGAACGUGGAAUUACUAUUGAUAUUGCCUUGUGGAAGUUUGAAACUCCCAAGUAUCAUGUGACAGUUAUUGAUGCUCCCGGUCAUCGUGAUUUUAUUAAGAAUAUGAUUACGGGUACUUCUCAGGCUGAUUGUGCUAUUUUAAUUAUUGCUGGAGGUGUUGGAGAAUUUGAAGCGGGUAUUUCUAAGGAUGGACAAACUAGAGAACAUGCUUUAUUGGCUUAUACUUUGGGAGUUAAACAAUUGAUUGUGGCUGUUAAUAAGAUGGAUUCAGUCAAAUGGGAUAAGGCUAGAUUUGAAGAAAUUGUUAAGGAAACUUCGAAUUUUAUUAAGAAGGUUGGAUUCAAUCCAAAGACGGUUCCAUUUGUUCCAAUUUCCGGUUGGAAUGGUGAUAAUAUGAUUGAACCAUCACCAAAUUGUCCAUGGUAUAAAGGAUGGGAAAAGGAAACCAAAGCUGGGAAAUUCUCGGGUAAAACCUUGUUAGAAGCCAUUGAUGCUAUUGAACCACCUUCAAGACCAACUGAUAAACCUUUAAGAUUACCAUUACAAGAUGUUUAUAAGAUUGGAGGUAUUGGAACGGUUCCUGUUGGUAGAGUUGAAACUGGGAUUAUUAAACCAGGAAUGGUUGUAACUUUUGCUCCUGCUGGAGUUACUACUGAAGUUAAAUCGGUUGAAAUGCAUCAUGAACAAUUGACUGAAGGAUUACCUGGUGAUAAUGUUGGAUUUAAUGUUAAGAAUGUAUCUGUUAAAGAAAUUAGAAGAGGAAAUGUUUGUGGAGAUUCUAAAAAUGAUCCUCCAAAGGCUGCUGAAUCCUUUAAUGCUCAAGUUAUUGUUAUGAAUCAUCCAGGACAAAUUUCGGCUGGUUAUUCUCCAGUUUUAGAUUGUCAUACUGCUCAUAUUGCUUGUAAAUUUGAUACAUUAAUUGAAAAAAUUGAUAGAAGAACCGGUAAGAAAUUAGAAGAUAAUCCUAAAUUUGUUAAAUCUGGUGAUGCAGCCAUUGUUAAGAUGGUUCCAUCAAAACCAAUGUCGGUUGAAGCCUUUACGGAAUAUCCUCCAUUGGGUAGAUUUGCCGUUAGAGAUAUGAGACAAACUGUGGCUGUUGGAGUUAUUAAAUCGGUUGAAAAAUCCGAUAAGGCUGGUAAAGUUACUAAGGCUGCAGUCAAGGCUGCUAAGAAGUAGUUAUAUGUUAGUAAAGUUUAUAUGAUUGUUAUUG